GUUGUACCUUCCCGUCCUGAGAUCUUCACAACUUCCCAUUCAAAGACACACAGUGAAAAAGACAUGUUUCCGACAAAAUCAUCAUUUUCAAGCCUCAAACCACCAACCCUUCUGACACCCAACCGUUUCGUCCCGCCACUUCAUAGCUUUCCCAUUCACCGUCACCCAAGAACCCUGGCCACCAUGUCCACCUCAGAACCGCCCCCAUCCCUCCCCAAAAUGCCAUCCCUCAUCUACGGCACAGCCUGGAAAAAAGACCGCACCGCCGACCUCGUCUAUGAAGCAAUCAAAGCCGGCUUCCGGGGAAUCGAUACAGCGGCCAUGAAACGGCAUUACGACGAGGCCCUCGUCGGCGAGGGUAUUCGAAGGGCGAUAUCUGAAGGCAUCGUCAGCAGGAAUGAUCUCUGGAUACAAACCAAAUACACCCCCUCCCCCUCCACCCACUACACCUCCACCAACCCGCUCACAACCUCCCUCACAACCUCGAUAGCCUCCUCCCUAUCCAACCUCUCCACCCCGGAUCACCAACCCCCCUACCUCGACGCCUUAAUCCUCCACUCCCCUUUUGAAACCCUCCCUGAAAACAUCACCGCCUGGACCCAUCUCACUUCUUACCUCCCCAAUCAAAUCCGCCACCUAGGCUACUCCAACGUUCCCCCGGAUUUCCUCGAUAUCUUUGACGAGUUUCUCGACCUGAACUCUUCUCUCCCAAGAGUAAGUCUGAUACAAAACAGGUUUACAGCGGGCAUGUACAACUGGGAUAUUGAAACGAGGAGAUGGUGCAAAGGGAAUGGGGCGGUGUAUCAAGGGUUUUGGGUUUUGACUGGUAAUGUGGAUGUUUGGAGGCAUGCCAAGGUGGUGAGGGAGGUGAGAGGAGGGAUUGGGACUGGGUAA